CUCACCUCUUCAAUCUUCAUUACUCAAUCACUUCUCUCUCUCUCUCAAAAUUAAUGCAUUACUUAAACGUUAAUAUCUUCUGCAUAACGUUAUCAGCUUCUGCGGUGUGUUCCCGUCGGCUCUCAGAACACUAAAACUCCGACCAACUCGAUCAGCUUUCAAAGUGCAGGAAGUUAAUCGGAGAUGGCCGGCGAUCAACUGCAAGUGCUUAACGCACUCGAUUUGGCGAAAACACAAUGGUACCAUUUCACGGCAAUCGUGAUUGCCGGAAUGGGUUUCUUCACCGACGCAUAUGAUCUCUUCUGCAUUUCCCUGGUGACUAAACUGCUCGGCCGGAUUUACUACCACGUCGACGGCGCGGCGAAGCCGGGGACACUGCCGCCGAAUGUUUCGGCGGCGGUGAACGGCGUCGCGUUCUGCGGGACGCUGGCGGGGCAGCUGUUUUUCGGGUGGCUGGGGGACAAGCUGGGGAGGAAGAAGGUGUACGGGAUGACGCUAAUGAUGAUGGUGAUUUGCUCGGUGGCUUCCGGGCUCUCGUUCGGGCACACGCCGAAGAGCGUGAUGGCGACGCUCUGUUUCUUCCGGUUCUGGCUGGGAUUCGGCAUCGGCGGCGAUUAUCCGCUCUCCGCCACCAUUAUGUCAGAGUACGCCAACAAGAAGACGCGCGGGGCGUUCAUCGCCGCCGUGUUCGCGAUGCAGGGGUUCGGGAUUCUCGCGGGCGGGAUGGUGGCGAUUAUAGUCUCCGCGUCUUUCAAGGCGGCAUUCCCCGCCCCGGACUACGCAUUCAACGCCAUCCGCUCUACCGUCCCGCAGGCCGACUACGUUUGGCGGAUAAUUCUCAUGUUCGGCGCCCUCCCCGCCGCGAUGACGUACUACUGGCGAAUGAAGAUGCCGGAAACCGCGCGUUACACCGCCCUAGUCGCCAAGAACGCGAAACAGGCGGCCUCGGAUAUGUCUAAGGUUAUGGUUAUGCAGGUUGAAAUCGAAGCCGAACAGGAAAAGCCUCAAGAAUCUAUCCAAAAAGAUUUCGGGCUUUUUACCAAACAGUUUCUCCGCCGCCACGGCCUCCAUUUAUUGGGAACCACGACCACCUGGUUCUUACUCGACAUUGCUUUUUACAGCCAGAAUCUCUUCCAGAAAGACAUCUUCUCCGCCAUUGGAUGGAUCCCGAAAGCGGAAACCAUGAACGCGCUCGAGGAGGUGUAUAGAAUCGCCAGAGCCCAGACGCUGAUCGCCCUUUGCAGCACCGUGCCGGGGUACUGGUUCACGGUGGCGUUAAUCGACAAAAUGGGGAGAUUCGCCAUUCAGUUAAUGGGUUUCUUCUUCAUGACAGUCUUCAUGUUCAUCUUAGCCAUUCCCUACACCCACUGGACACACAAAGACAACCGAAUCGGAUUCGUAAUCAUGUACUCCCUCACCUUCUUCUUCGCCAAUUUCGGGCCAAACGCCACCACGUUCGUCGUCCCCGCAGAGAUUUUCCCGGCGAGGUUGAGGUCCACCUGCCAUGGAAUCUCGGCGGCGGCGGGGAAAGCCGGCGCCAUUAUCGGCGCGUUUGGGUUCUUGUACGCUGCGCAAUCCUCUGAUCCCAAGAAGACUGAUGCUGGGUAUCCUCCUGGGAUUGGUGUCAGAAACUCUCUGAUUGUUCUUGGAUGCGUCAACUUUUUGGGCAUAUUGUUCACAUUGUUGGUGCCAGAAUCUAAGGGGAAAUCGCUGGAAGAGAUGUCUAAAGAGAAUGGGGGAGAAGAAGAGAGUGGAAGUGAGAUGAGAGCUCAGGGGCGGACAGUGCCGGUUUAAUUACUUAGUCUUAUGAAAAAACAUAUUUACAUCGUAUUCCUAGUAGUUAGUAACGUUGUAUGGCUUUAGUGGCCAUGGCAGAACUAAGUCUAAUGAAGCAUAGGUAUGCUGUCAUAUGAUAUGAUGAGAUUUUUUUUUUAUUAAAUGAAAAUAGUAGUAUUGCAAUACA